UUCGUUAAAUCUGGGUUCGCAUAGCUCGUGUCUGGUCAGAACUCAGGAGCGAAGCACGGAUAUCACGAGCUCACGCUACGUGUACGUCGUCAAGGAUGUUCCGAGCAAUGCGGCUCCUUCUCAGCGCGGCGAAGAGUGGAGCUGCGGGAAGGGCGAGCUCAGGCUCGUCUCGCCUCCUCUCCGCGUCCUCGGGCUUUGGGAGGUUGGACGGGAAGGUGGCUAUCAUCACCGGCGCGGCGAGUGGCAUUGGGAAAGCGACCGCCGCGGAGUUCGUCAAAAAUGGCGCCAAGGUUGUCAUCGCCGACGUCCAGGACGAUCUCGGCCACGCCGUGGCGGCAGAGCUCGGCGGGCCGGGCACGGCCUUCUACGCCCGCUGUGACGUGACCAACGAGGCGCAGGUGGCGGCCGCCGUGGACCUCGCCAUGGCGCGGCACGGCCACCUCGACAUCAUGUUCAACAACGCCGGCAUCAUUGGCGGCACCUACAUGGGCGGCCCCAUCGAGUCCAUGGACAUGGCCGACUUCGACAGUGUCAUGGCCGUCAACCUCCGGGGCGUGGCCACCGGCAUCAAGCACGCGGCGCGGGCCAUGGUCCCGCGCAGCCAGGGGUGCAUCCUGUGCACGGCCAGCACAGCGGGCGUGCUGGGCGGGUCGGCCCCUCACGCGUACAGCGUCUCCAAGACGGCCGUCGUCGGCAUGGUGCGGUCGGCUGCAGCGGAGCUGGCGGCGCGUGGCGUCAGGGUGAACGCCAUCUCGCCGUACGGCAUCGCCACAUCGAUGGGGACACGGGCCGUGAGGGAGAUGCUGGGGCUCCCGCCAGUGGGCGCCGGCGACAGCGACAAGGAGGCGGUCAGGCGGGUGUUCGAGGAGGACUUCAACGAGAUGGGCUGCGGCGUGGUGCUGCGCGCGGAGGACGUGGCGAGGGCGGCCGUGUUUCUGGCGUCCGACGACGCCAGGUACAUCACCGGGCAUAAUCUCAUGGUGGACGGCGGGUUCUCCGUGGGGAAGCCGCUCAACGUCCCGGUGUUUGGAGGAGGGGGGAAGGUUGGGAUGGCCGGAUGCCUCGUCGGGGUCGCGAGGAAGGAUGGGAUGGCCGGCCUGUUGCCGCUCUGGCUCACCUAG